GUCCUUAACUGAGUCAGCUAGCCACUCACGUUGCCUAAGAGCUAUCAAAAUUAGGUUAAUUUCUGAAGAACCCUCAAUGGAUAACUAAAUGUUCUAUAUUUUAUGAGACAUUUAAGUGUAGGUGGCAGGGACUAGGAGAAGGGGAUGAGGUUGAGAGAGUAUUGCAGUGGUGUCGUGUUGUUAAAAACAAACAAACAAGCAAACACCCUUCCCGAGAUUCCCUUAUUAUGCUGACUGCAAGAGGUUGGGUGGUUUUCCCUGUCAGCCCAUCUCCUUCUGCAUCUUACAGUGAAACUUCAGCCACAGUUGGUUGAUAUCUCUCACUAUGAAAUAACUCUCAGAAUGCUUAAUUUGACUUCCUAUAGGCUGAGGAGAAAUGGGCUGUGAGGCAGGGAGCCCUUACAUAGUAUGGGGAGACAGAGAGGACUAUAAAAUAGGAAGGUAAAUGGUGUGAGCUUCAGGUGUUUGGGGUAUUGGCUAGUUCCCUUCCAGUUUGAACAUCCCUUAUUGCUGGUUUCCUAGAGUCUUCUGAUAUCCCUGCUUUGUUUGUAGUUUGCUGGGAUUGAGGCGUCCGCAGUGUUGGAUCCCAAAUUUACCUAUGUAUGGAGUUUUGACUUUUCUAACUGAUUUUCUAAUUUCUUUAUACCUGGGCCAUGGGAACCUCUGACAACGUUACCCUUAUAGAUUGGAUUGAGCAAAGAAAUUAUAAUUUAAGGUACUAAUUUUCAUUUUCUGUCCUCAGUAUCUGUGAGCGGGUAACUCCUCGGCUAUGUCACGCCAACUCAGCAGUGGUGCUUUCAGCAGUAAAAGUCCUAAUGAAAUUUCUAGAGUUGUUACCCAAGGACUCUGACUACUACAAUAUGCUGCUGAAGAAGUUGGCCCCUCCACUUGUCACUUUGCUCUCUGGGGAGCCAGAGGUGCAGUACGUCGCCCUGAGGAACAUCAACCUGAUCGUCCAGAAAAGGCCUGAAAUCUUGAAGCAGGAGAUCAAAGUUUUCUUUGUGACGUACAAUGAUCCCAUCUAUGUGAAACUAGAGAAAUUGGACAUCAUGAUUCAUUUGGCAUCCCAAGCCAACAUUGCUCAGGUUCUGGCAGAACUGAAGGAAUAUGCCACAGAGGUGGAUGUCGACUUUGUGCGCAAAGCUGUGCGGGCCAUUGGAUGGUGUGCCAUCAAGGUGGAGCAAUCUGCAGAGCGCUGUGUAAGCACAUUGCUUGAUCUCAUCCAAACCAAAGUAAAUUAUGUGGUCCAAGAGGCGAUUGAUAUCUUCCGCAAAUACCCCAACAAAUAUGAAAGUAUCAUUGCCACUUUGUGUGAGAACUUAGACUCACUGGAUGAGCCAGACACUCGAGCAGCUAUGAGUUGGAUUGUGGGAGAAUAUGCUGAAAGAAUUGACAAUGCAGAUGAGUUACUAGAGAGCUUCCUGGAAGGUUUUCAUGAUGAAAGCACCCAGCACUGAUGCGGGUGACAGCCCUGUUGGCACCACCACUGCCACCAACCUGGAACAGCCUCAGGUUAUCCCCUCUCAAGGUGACCUUCUGGGGGAUCUUUUAAACCUUGACCUUGGUCCCCCAGUCAAUGUGCCACAGGUAUCCUCCAUGCAGAUGGGAGCAGUGGAUCUCUUGGGAGGAGGACUAGAUAGUCUGCUUGGCAGUGACCUUGACGGGGGCAUUGGAGGAAGUCUGGCAGUGGGACAGUCCUUCAUCCCAUCAUCAGUGCCUGCAACCUUUGCUCCUUCACCUACUCCUGCUGUGGUCAGCAGUGGUCUGAAUGACCUAUUUGAACUCUCCACGGGGAUAGGCAUGGCACCUGGUGGAUAUGUGGCUCCUAAGGCUGUAAGUAAAACAACACUUUCUUACUCGUGUUACAGCAAAUUAGAAUUGGGCACUUUAGUGCCUGCUAUUCCUUAUGUUUCCUUCAAAUGGAGUAAAAAGCCAUUGAAACCUAAAGACGUGACUAAAUCCUGCCUCCUGAUUAACCUCUGGGAUUUCUUCAUCCUCUCUCCUGGCUUUGGUGUCAUCCCCAGCACUCCUCUGGCCAUCCAUACACCACUGAUGCCAAACCAGAGCGUUGAUGUCUCCCUGCCUCUCAACACAUUGGGCCCAGUCAUGAAGAUGGAGCCUCUGAACAACCUGCAGGUGGCUGUGAAAAACAAUAUUGAUGUCUUCUACUUCAGCUGCCUCAUCCCACUCAACGUGCUUUUUGUAGAAGAUGGCAAAAUGGAGCGCCAGGUCUUCCUUGCAACAUGGAAGGAUAUCCCCAAUGAAAAUGAACUUCAGUUUCAGAUUAAGGAGUGCCAUUUAAAUGCUGACACUGUUUCCAGCAAGUUGCAAAACAACAAUGUUUAUACUAUUGCCAAGAGGAAUGUGGAAGGGCAGGACAUGCUGUACCAAUCCCUGAAGCUCACUAAUGGCAUUUGGAUUUUGGCUGAGCUACGUAUCCAGCCAGGAAACCCCAAUUACACGCUGUCGCUGAAGUGUAGAGCUCCUGAAGUCUCCCAGUACAUCUAUCAGGUCUACGACAGCAUUUUGAAAAACUAAUAGACUGGUCCGGUGCCCUCUGGCCACCCUGUGAUCGGUGCAAGCCAAGAACUCUUAACUGGAAGAAAAUUGUAUUGCCGUGUAGAAUCCGAACCCAAACACGCUGAGGCCACCCACCAAGGUAGUGACUAGUCUAACCUGUGCUAACAUUAGGGCACAACCUGUUGGAUAGUUUUAGCUUCCUGUGACCAUUUGUAACCACUGCUUCAAUCACUUCCCACCUCGUGCCACCUGCUGCUAUCUGUCCUUGCUUGUGGGCCUCUCCAUCCUGUACCAGUGGCUGGCAUUUUUGAGUGUAGUUUGAUAUUUUGUAAUCGAGAGCUCGUUUCAAAAGCAGAAAAAAGACAAAAAAAAAUUAAAGCAAGGAAAAGUGUCACUGAAACGUAAACUGCACUUUAUUGUUUUAUAUUUUUGUACAUAUGAGAAAUUGAGGGAAUAGUGUGUGAAUGAUAAAAAGUGUUAAAACAACCGCACAGUCCUGAAGGAAGAGACGCAGUUUCUUGCCCACCCCAUUAGGGGAUUUUUGUCUGUGGCAGCCUUGUCCCUGAUCACUUUUUUUUCCUCUCCAAACUCCUUUUCCUUGUGAUUCCCCCUGCCCCGUAUUAUCAUCUCCUCUGAUGCUCUGCAAUUAGGAAUGGUGGUCUUUCUUGAAUGGUGCUGCAGGGUGCAGGAAAUAGGGCCUGUCAGCAUUGAGGCUGAGAAAAAUGAGAACUUACUACAUUCCUUUCCACUGAUCUAAUCUAUUAAUAACACUGAUUAAGGAAUUUGAAUAGAGAUGGGAAACAGGAACCAAAAUGCCCUUCCCCCAUCUCCCGCUCUGGAUUUAUUUUAACUCUCAGGUCCAAUUCAGAUCUAAAAUCUUAGUUUUAGAGUUGAAACAGACUUUAAGUAAUAACUUACCCAACCUUUUUUUUCUAAAAAGGAAAAAGAUAAAAGACAAACAGGGUGUUAUUGCCUAAGGCCUGUUAACUGAUCAGCAGCAGAGGUGGGGGAGGGGGUCUCCGAAGUCCUCAUCAGUGUUGUCUUCACUGCAGGACCGGCUCCAUAAUUUUCUUCCUUCAAUGCCUUUCUUUUACCUUUUCUGUGCCUGCUUCUUUAUGGCUCUUCUCAUACUUCAUACAGAUUUUGGCACUCCAUUCAUUGGCAUCCGGUAGCAGCAGAGUAUCUUUCCAGGGACUUGAAGGUAAAUCCUGAUGCCAGAAUGAAGGAGUAGCUAAUAGUCUCCUUGGAGCCGCAGUUCUUGAGGCCAGCAGGAUGGGUGCAGGGAUGAAGUGAGCUUCGGGAUGCCACAGAUUCACUUGAUCCUUCAGUUCUCUGAUCUGCUCUUUACUUGUGUUGCUUAGGCUCCAAGGCAAUUGAGAUCACCUCAGAGGGCCAAGCGAUACUUUUCAUCUCUCAAAAGAUUGGGAGAUGUGAGGACCCCCUGCCCCCUGGGCACAUUGGGUGUGAUCUGUCAAAGAAUGCUUCAUGCCUGGAACACCAGUCUGUUUAGCAGUGUUCACACUGUUUCAUCUGUGGGCACCUGUGCCGACCAGUACCCAGGAUUCAGGGUCCGUGACCAAGACUGCUUCUCAGAUGCCCCUGCUCAAAUCAGAGGCGCUUGGGUCCAAGGGCCUCAUGUAGGACCCAGACCUAAGAGUGAGUCGAAGAGAAGGAGGAAUCAUAGAAAACAAGAGCAGAAACUACCCCCCAACCCUGUCGCAAGUGAAAUGACUCUGAUUCAUAUCAGUUGCAAAGUUUGGGGGUGCAGAUCCCCCAAAGCAGCUUCUUAAACCUUGAGAAUCUCCAAGAGAAGAAUUUCUGGGGUGAGGGUCAGGAGCCAUGUCCCGCGCUCACCACCCCUCAGGCACGUGGAGAGCAGGAAGCAGUACAGGAUUGUGUGUGGGAGGUGGGUCAGUUGGUGACAGGUGGGGUAGAAAAGCAGGUGGGUAAAGUCCCCUUUUUGGGAAGUCACUCGUGGAGUCAGUUGGAUACAAGCAGUGAAGAAGGUCCACACUACAAAUGCAGUGUUCUCAUCUCAAAGCAGACUGCAGUUCCGGAAGGAAGAGUGUGUGUCAGGGCAAGCAGACAAGACAAUUUUGCACCAAGAUACGUUCCUCCACCCCUGAAACCAGGCUUCCCUCAGCCUCCCCGGCGGUGAGGGGAAACAGCUGCUGUUCUCAGCUGACCUGACUGAGCCAAUCCGCGUGCGAACUCUUCACUCCUUGGAGAGGCUGCCUCCCGGUUUGCCCCUGAGCAGUUAGGGAGGGAUUCUGCUCCACGGAAAGGACCUCUCUCCUGAGGAGACAGAGCCUGUUGCCUCCACCGCAGCUUCCCUUUGGGCCCAUCUCAAGCCUGGCCAAACUGGGGAUCGGAGUGGAGAUUGCCCUGCAUUCCCCUCUCCUCUGCCUCAGUAUGUCUUUGUAACGUCAGCUGGUGUCUUACAAAGGGCAAGGGAAACACACACACACACCCAGAACUCUUGCUGGUCAGAGAUUCCCUGAGUGUCUGUCCUCGCCCGAGCACGUUUUGUUUGUCUGUGUUGUGAACCCUGGGACUCUGGAGAGAAGGGGCGGGGGGGUAAACGUUGCCCAGUGAAGGCUUAUCAUUCUUUUGUUGUUGGGAUCUGUUCUUGGGGAGGGUGGGGGUCAGGGGAAGCUUGA